AUGUCUACAGCCAACUCAAUCAAGUUGCUGACUGGCAACAGUCACCCAGAGCUAGCUCAGCUCGUGGCUGACCGUCUCGGAAUUGAGCUGACUAAAAUCAUGGUCCUGCAAUACUCCAACCAAGAGACCAGUGUCACGAUCGGAGAGAGUGUUCGGGACGAAGAUGUCUUCAUUCUGCAAUCAACACGGCCUAAUGACAUCAACGAUGGUCUUAUGGAGCUCCUUAUUAUGAUCAACGCCUGCAAGACUGCCUCAGCCCGGCGCAUUACGGCUGUCAUUCCCAACUUCCCCUACGCUCGCCAGGACAAAAAGGACAAGAGCCGUGCGCCCAUCACUGCCAAGCUCAUGGCCAACAUGCUCCAGACUGCUGGUUGCAAUCACGUCAUCACUAUGGAUCUGCACGCCAGCCAGAUCCAGGGCUUCUUCAAUGUUCCUGUUGACAACCUGUACGCUGAGCCUAGCAUGCUCAAGUGGAUCCGUGAGAACCUUGACGUGAGCAACUGUGUCAUUGUCAGCCCCGAUGCUGGUGGUGCCAAACGUGCAACUGCCAUCGCCGACCGUCUUGACCUGCAAUUUGCUCUGAUUCACAAGGAACGCGCUCGCCCCAACGAGGUUUCCCGCAUGGUUCUUGUCGGCGAAGUCAAGGACAAGAUUGCUAUCAUUGUUGACGAUAUGGCCGAUACUUGCGGUACCCUUGUCAAGGCUGCUGAUACCGUGAUGCAGCAUGGGGCCAAGGAAGUCAACGCCAUCGUUGUCCACGGUAUCUUGUCCGGCAAGGCCAUCGAGAACUUGAACGGCAGCCGCCUGAACCGCCUUGUGGUCACCAAUACCGUGCCUCAUGCCGAGAAGAAAGAGCAGUGCGACAAGAUUGAGACUAUUGAUAUCUCACCUACACUGGCUGAGGCUUGCCGUCGUACUCACAACGGAGAGUCUGUGAGCUUCCUCUUCUCGCACGCCGUCGCGUAA